AUGGUCAUGUUCGUUGAACGCGGUAUACGCGGCGGUCUCAGCCAAUGCUCCAACAGAUACGCUCGCGCAAAUAAUAAAUACAUGUCAUCGUACGAUCCAUUGAAACCAUCAUCGUACCUCAUGUACUUUGAUGUAAACAACUUGUACGGCUGGGCAAUGUGUCAACCGUUGCCCUAUGCCGAUUUUCAGUGGGUCGAAAAUGUCGAAAACUUUGAUGUAAUGUUCGUAACAUCCGAUUCGGCUACCGGUUAUGUGUUGGAAGUCGACCUUCCGUAUCCGAUGAAUCUUCACGCGCACACUGACUUACCGUUCUGCCCAACGCGCGAUAAGCCACCCGGCAAGCGGGAGGUCAAGUUACUCGCUACGCUGUGCGAUAAGCAGCGAUACGUCAUUCACUACCGUAACCUGCAGCAAU